UUCGGAUAGGGGAAAAACGCGGGCUUACAAGCAACAGCUGGCAACCGCUUUACUUCCAUGAGCGCGUUACUAUUGCAACUUGUGACGUAUCUAUGCCAGGAUUGGUCAAAGCAAUGCCGACUUGUCACGAACCAUACCGAACAUUGCACAUUCAAACGUAUAUAUCAUGGCGUACCGACGUUUGAAUUUAAUCGUUACGUGACGGUAUACGUGGAAACUUUCUGAUACAUAUUCAAGUCAUAGUAAAUAUUAACGUUUGAAAGAAUAUAUCUGUCAGUUUCCUAUUUAAUAACCAGCAUCUAUCAUGGAGAAUUUCGUGAAAAUUGAAAAGAUCGGUGAAGGUACAUAUGGAGUAGUGUACAAGGGAAAGCAUAAGAAAACUGGAGAGAUUGUAGCAAUGAAAAAGAUUCGGUUAGAAAGCGACGAUGAAGGAAUACCAUCCACAGCGAUUCGUGAGAUCUCUUUGCUUAAAGAAUUGCCACAUCCCAAUAUUGUCAGACUAAUGGAUGUUCUGAUGGAAGAGACCAGAUUAUAUUUAAUUUUCGAAUAUCUUACUAUGGAUUUAAAGAAAUAUAUGGAUACUUUGGGUAGUGGAAAGUUAAUGGAGCCAAAAAUGGUUAAAUCCUAUUUAUUUCAGAUUACACGUGCUAUUCUUUUCUGUCACAAGCGCAGAAUAUUGCAUCGUGAUUUAAAGCCACAAAAUUUAUUAAUUGACAAAUCAGGAUUGAUUAAGGUAGCAGAUUUUGGUCUUGGGAGAGCCUUUGGCAUACCAGUCAGAGUAUAUACACAUGAAGUAGUCACUUUAUGGUACAGAGCACCAGAAAUCCUUCUUGGUACUAAUAGAUAUUCAUGUGCCAUUGAUAUCUGGAGUAUAGGUUGUAUAUUUGCUGAAAUGGCAACAAAAAAACCAUUAUUUCAAGGAGAUAGUGAAAUUGAUCAGUUGUUUAGAAUAUUUCGGAUACUGAGGACACCUACCGAAGAGAUAUGGCCUGGCGUAACACAAUUGUCAGAUUAUAAAGCUACAUUUCCAAAUUGGAUAACAAACAAUUUGGAAUCACAAGUUAAAACAUUAGACGCAGACGGGCUUGAUCUGCUACAAAUGAUGCUUAUCUAUGAUCCUGUGCAUAGAAUAUCUGCACGUGCUAUUCUGAAACACUCUUACUUCAACGAUUUAGAUAUGUCGAAAAUACCAUCGCUAUAAUACCGAAGACUGAUAUAAAUGGAUGGAAUAUAUCCUACACAGAUACUGUAACGUUUUAAUUGUGUGACUGCAUAGAGAAUAUGUCUCAGGGUAUAUUGAAAUGUUAAUUUAUUCGUACGUAUGAACGCAUUUAACAAUUUUUUUUAUGACUUCACUCAUUAUUUCACAUUAUGCAAGAUUUAUGUAACGAACUUUUGUUUUGCUAUAAUAUAUUCGAACAAUAUCACAAAUUUUUAAUAGGUGUUAUAAUAAAUCAUUGUAUACUCAAGCAAAAAAUAUUGUGUAUGAGAUUAAUGUUUGAAUGAUUCAUUUUUGCUGUAUAAAAGUUGUGUAACGUUAUUGAUGAAGCUGUGUGGUGAUAUUAUUGUAUAUUUUUAGGAUUUACCUUAGAUUUUUCUUCUUCACUUAUUACUUAUUCAUUUCAUCCAAAAUAAGUGCUUUCACAAGUGUUCUUAAAUAUCAUUGCAUUAUAUAUUGAAUAAGAAAAUUAUUUUUCUCAAUUCGGAGUAAGCAUUGUAAGUAUUCUAAGGAAGAUAGCACACUAGGUCUUAAGAAUUCAAUUGAGAAUAUAUCGCUGUUGCCAUAUUAUAUGUAUCACUGAGAAAUUCACACGCUUAUUAAGAAAAUAUAUCAUUUGUACUUUUAUUCUGAAAUAAA